AUGGAUCCAGAAAGUAUAAAAAAAACACUUAUUGAAUUUUUAGAAAAUGAAAAUAUUAUUGAUAUAAAUUAUAAUGACAAUGGAGAGUUUAAAUAUUUUGAGGAAAUAAAAGGCACUGCAAAAAAAAAUUCUAGUAAUCUAUAUAGGGCAUGUAAUUAUGAAGCAUAUAAUUAUUUCAAGAAGAAGAGCAAUGAUAUUCUUGGUACGGAUGUGAAUACAAGAUAUGAAAUAUUUACAAUGUGUGCAAAAUAUUAUGCAAAUCAUGAAUUUUUAGGAGAACGAAAAAAAGAAAUAAAAGAUGGUGAAACCAUAUUAGGAGAUUAUGUAUUUAAAACAUAUGGAGAAGUAAAAAAUGAAAUCGAAAUUUUUGCAUCAGCUUUAUAUCAAUUUGAAAAUAUCGAACCAACUACAUUUACCGACAAUGGAAAAUAUGAUACCUUAAAAAUUAUGGGAAUCUGGUCAAAAAAUAGACCUGAAUGGUAUAUUACUGAUAUAGCAUGUGCUGCCAUAAAUUUUGUAACAGUUCCUAUUUAUGAUACUAUAGGUAUAAAUUCAGUUAAAUCAAUUAUUCAAAAAACAGAAAUGAAAGUCUGUUGUGUUGAAGCAGAAAAAUUGGAAUCAUUAAUAAGUUUAAAACCCGAAUUACCAGAUUUAAAUAUAUUAAUUAUAUACAAUGAUAGUAAUUUAAAAGAUGAUAUAAAGAAAAAAGCAAUUAAGGCUGGAUAUAAAAUAUAUUUUUAUAAAAAAUUAAUUGAUCAAUAUAAAAAUAAAAAUAUUAUUCCUCAAAAUGCUCACCUAUUUUGUAAUUCAGAAGGUGACAAAACAGGGAACACUACUAAUAAUAAUAUAAAUGACGAAAGUUUAAAAAAUAUGAGAGAAACGCUAAAAAAUAAUAAACCCAAAUCAACAGAUAUAUGUACAAUAAUUUUUACAUCUGGAACGUCAGGCAAUCCAAAAGGAGCCAUGAUAACUCAUUAUAAUUUUGUUGCUUUUUCUCAUUCGUAUUUAUUAGAUGGUAAUAGAUUAGGCAUAAUCAAAUAUGAAGUAACACUUAGUUAUUUACCACUAGCUCAUAUAUAUGAGAGAUUAAUUGAGUCCGCUUUACCAUUUUUUGGGGCUAAAAUUGGAUAUUUUUCUGGAAAUAUAAAAGAUAUAUCUAGUGAUAUAAAUGCAUUAAAGCCAACUUUUUUAAUUACUGUCCCAAGAAUAUUACAAAAAAUUCAUGAUAAUAUUAUGGGAACUUUAAAAAAUAAAAAUAUAAUAUCUCAAUUAUUAGUAAAACUUGCUUUAAAAUGUAAAAGAAAAAAUUAUGCUAAAAAUCCAAAAAAAUUUAGUCAUAAAUUUUGGGAUUUAAUAUUAAAACCAAUAAGAAAUAGACUUGGUGGACGUUUAAGAAUACAAGUUAUGGGUUCAUCAUCUAUGGAUAAAAAUAAAUUAGUAGAUAUACAGAUGCUUCUUUCUACCCCUAUUUCAGAAGGAUGGGGAAUGACUGAAGUUGGUGUUGGAUUUGUACAGCAUAGAAAUGAUAAUAUCAAAGGAACUAUAGGAGGAAUGUUUUCAAAUAUUAUACUAAAAGUUAUUAAAGUACCAAAUAUGAAAUAUGACCCUAAAGAAUAUCCCAAUAGAGGUGAAUUAUGUGUAAAGGGUGACAGUGUCAUGGUAGGAUAUUUUCGAGAUGAAGAAUUAACAAAAAAAUCAUUUGAUCAAGAUGGUUUUUUUCUAACUGGUGAUAUAGUAGAAGUUAAUGAAAAUAAUAGAUAUAUAAAAAUUAUUGAUAGAGCAAAAAAUAUAUUUAAAUUAGCACAAGGUGAAUAUAUAGAACCUGAAAAAUUAGAAAAUAUCUAUUCAAAUAGUAUAUAUAUAGAACAUAUAUUUGUACAUGGAUAUAGUCAGGAAAAUGAAUUAGUUUCUAUUAUAGUUCCUAGUGAAAUUUUUGUUAAAGAAUAUGCAAAAAAACAUAAUAUUGAUUUACCUUAUGAGGAACUAUUAAAAAAUGAAACUAUUAAAAAAUUGAUUAGUGAUGAAAUUUUGUCUGCAUCUAAAACUUAUAAACUUAAUGGAAUCGAAAAAAUACGUUUGUUCCAUCUAACUCAUAUUCCAUUUUCAGUUGAAAAUAAACAACUAACACCCACACAUAAAAUUGUUAGAAAUGUUAUCUUAGAAUAUUACAAGACUGUUAUCGAUGAAUUAUAUGCCUCCAGAACAACAUAA